UCUUUACACACACAAAAACACACACACAGAUAUGGAGUCAAAACAUGGCCUCUUAGAGGAGUUACUAGCUCCAAGAAGAGACAGUAGUUGGGCCAGUUUUUCAACUGGAGUGAAUGACUUCUUCCCUAAUGGAUGGAUCCGCGAAUCUUUUGAUGAUAGCUCCAUUUUGGGUGCAUCAAAUCCUCCAUUUCCAUGUCAUUUCAAUGAAGUCUGGCCUUUUGUUGAUGGUCUUAGUAGUACUUUGCCGGAGAUCCAAUAUUGUAACGAUACACCUCCAAUUCCGAUUGGAGAAGAAAACCCAUCAAUGGUGGAGGAUGAUGGGGAGGUUGGUCUUCUUAUCAAUGAUCAAUAUCUCCAAAGUUUGGAAGAUGUAAGUAAGAAUUACUCUCAAGUUGACACAGAAACAACUAUAGAUAAUACAGCACUCAACAAGGACUUCUGUCAUGGAGAGAAAAAGAGCAGAAGUAAGAAGAAGGCAGAAGUAGGGCAACCCUCGAAGAAUCUAAUGGCAGAAAGAAGGCGAAGGAAGCGGCUGAAUGACCGCCUUUGGAUGCUUAGAUCAGUUGUCCCUAAGAUAAGCAAGAUGGAUAGGACAUCUAUAGUUGGGGACACCAUAGACUAUGUGAAAGAGCUCUUGCAUAAAAUCAAUAAGUUGCGGGAAGAGGAUAAGGAAGCUGCAGGUACAGGAACGAUGAACUUCAAGGGCAACUUCAAGGAGUUCAAGCCAGAACAAAUACUAUUUGAUGCUGAAAGGAUGAGCAGCACUGAUAACCGGAUUGAGAUUCGCUGUGCAGCAAAACCAGGAUUGUUGGUUUCGACAAUCAACACACUAGAAGCACUGGGACUUGACAUUCAACAGUCUGCUAUAAGCUGUUUCAGUGAUUUCUCAAUGCAAGCUUCUUGUUCAGAGGUCACAGGGGAGAGAACAAUAAUAGGUUCUGAAUGCAUAAAGCAAGCAUUACUCAGAAAUGCAGGCUAUGGAGGGAGGUGUCUGUAGAAGAAAUCUGUACUUUUUAUUUUGUUUUUUUUGUUUUUUAAUGUAUUCAGAAAGUCUAAAGAGAUGGUACUCUAUAUAUGUCUGCUCUUCACUAAAUAUUGCAAGUGAUAAGUUAUAAUAAUGCAUGGGUCAAUUAUUGAGAUAAAGAGAUAUAUAUAUAUAUAUAUAUAUAGG